UAUACAUACAGGAAAAAAUGAUUUUAUUGUUAGAAAUUCUAGUCUGGAGUACAUUACUGCAUGAAUUACAAGGGGCAAUAACACAGGAUGAAGAAUGUCUUCGAACUAUCAAGGCUGAUGUUGUUUUCCUCAUUGAUGGAACAAAUGCGAUUGAUCAAUUUUCAUUUGAAUUCUUCGUCAAAGACUACCUGAAUGAUUUUGCGAGAAAACUAUCUAUUAAAACUGAUGGGGUGUUAAUCUCUGUUAUUCUUUAUACUGAAAACUUAUACAUGGCAGUUAGACCAGAACAUUCCACCAAUUUACUCACCUUGUUAACUGCUAUACGUAAUAUGAAACAACCUGGUGGACACAAAACAAACGGCGACAUUAUUCAUGCAAUUUCAAAUACUUUAAAUAUUGCAUUCACUUCUCUGAAUUACAAGAAUACAGAAAAUAUAACACGAAUUGCCAUUCUAUUAUCAAAUGGAGUUCUAGAACAAGAAUCAUCCAUGAAUUAUAAAUAUUUUGAUAAUAAUGCGUAUCAAAAAUGGAGUGAGCAUGGAUGGAAUAAUCAGGCACCAUAUAUGAUGUCUGAACCAAUCAUAAAACUUUUACAUUCACGUGUAGAUUAUGUAUUCAGUAUAGGAAUAGUAGGAGCUAAUGCAGAAGGAGUUCUUAAACUGGCCAAACCUACCCGCUAUAACUAUGUAUUAAAUUAUCAAAAUGGAUACCAAAACCUAGAUCUGAAUCAUUUUGAUCCAACUGAAGCAUUAUGUCCACCAAAAGAGUACUGCAAUAUGAACAGAGUACAAGAAUCAAUGACUUCAAAGGGGCCUAUUGAAAGAGUUAAUGGUUAUAUAGGUGGUGUGAUACCUUUGUAUUACUAUUUUUAUGGACAACAAAAUCCAGCUAUUAGACAUAAUACAUAUCAUACAGCUAAACAUUCAUAUACUGAUUAUGAUGAUGGAUAUGGUGACAGUGAAUAUGAUGAUGCAACACAAAUGCAAGUACCUUCAACAGCUAAUAAACCAAAAGUAGAAGAUAAAAUAUUAAACAAAAAGCUUAGAGAAUUACUAGAAUUACUACGAACCUACGAUACACAAUAUAAGAACAAAGAUUCAAAGAAUACUCAUCAUAGUAUCACCACCACAAGAGAAACAUCAAGUCAUAACAAUCAUCACGGGAACACUGCAGUUAAGCAAAAUCACCCAUCGUCUACAUCAACCAUAAACACGUUUACUGAUGACAACCAACAAAAGAUAAAGAAAGGGUCAGACGUAGACGAUCCUGCCAUGAAAAAAUCUCUUAAAAAUGAUGAGACAUAUUACAAUCGAAGUAAUUGUGAAGUACAGUUAGAGAAGGUGAUAAAUCUAUUGGUAUUCGUCCUCAUGCACCCUCAAGGUGCUUCUAAUUCACCAGUUAUGGUCAAUUCAAAUGUUUUAAGUAAAACUUCAGAUGAAAAAUUGGAAGCAGUUAGUCCAGCUAAGCUGUUAAGUGAUCUACAGAAAGCCAAUUUACAAAUAGUUCCGGCUAAAGUAGAAGAAUAUUCAACGCCGGUUAAUGAACGAGACACUGAGAAACCACACCUAUCCAAUACUGAUUUUUAUAUCAGUCAACAGAAUGGAGAGAAAGUUGUUCACACGAAUAAGGAGAAUAUAUACUUUCAACCAACUGAUUGGCAAGAUUCUGCUAUGCACAAUGGCGCAGUUCUAAUGUUUGCAAUGAAAUCUCAUUCAGGAUUACCUGUUAGUGAAAUUUACUCUUCAACUGCUGAUACCUCAAGCAUGCCAUCAUUAUCGGGUGUGAACGUGAACCCCAAAGAAACUCAACCUACUGGUAAUGAUAAUAAGUUUAUGAAUAGUAAUACAUCAAGAUAUUGGUACAAAAACCCUUUGUUUAAUCAUUGGAAUAGUGGAUUAUAUAAAUACGUCUUGCUUGAAUUAUGGUCUAAUCACAAUCCAGUUGUUCAGUUAAAAUUCAGGACACAAAACUCAGAUAAAUAUACGUGGUUUAAUAAGGCGUUUUUAGAAACUUCUUAUCCUUGGAAUGAAAAUGAAUUGAAGGAGAAAGCGAAAUUUAUACGUACCAGGAAUGAGCCGUUCUCUGUUAUCUUAGAUCCAAACUAUAUCAAUAGUUUAUCAUCUCAAUCAUUUGAUGAAGAAACACUUCAAAAAGUGAAAAGUGAACGUAUAAACUGUGAAUUCUUACGCGGUUACAUAUUAAUUAUAGACAGUUCAGAUUCGGCGAUUUCUUUAUGCGAAUGGAAUAUAGCAACAAAUAAAUUAUACUCUACAUACUAUCAAAAUAAUAAUCUUUAUCCAAAAUUUUUAUAUACAUUACCAAUUAAUCUACCCAAACAAGACAACUUGACAUACACAUUACCACCGAAAUUCUCCAACUAUUUGUCUACAUUAUAUGAAGCCGAUGAAUUACGUAUCUAUGUUAUACCGUAUAGUUUAAUGUCUACUAUUGAAAUUGGUAACAAACAAUUGCCUCAGAUUAAUAAAUUAUUACUAACACUUGAUAUUAACACUAAUAUAUCUUUAAGUCAAUUAUGGCACCAAGAAAUAGCCAGCCCGCCAAGUUCAUUCCCUUUAAAAAACGGUAAUUUAUGCAACUGUUGGUAUCGUAAUGAAUUAUUAAAUAACUGGUAUACACAAAGGCAUUAUCAUAGACAAAAUUUAAAUCAUUUUCUGACAUCUGACUUAUUCUAUGAUUUUAAAUAUAUUCAGAUUGAUUUAUUAAAUAUUACUGGUCAUGUUAAAUGUCGUUUAGCAUUUGAUACACGUGGUGCACAACCAGAUUCAUGGUUUUCACCAACACGUUUAAAAUAUGCAUGGCCAUUAUCAAUCUCAUCACUAACUGAGUAUAACUUUAUACAAUUUGGUCAUCAUAUAACAAGAAAAGGAGAAAAACGCAGUCUAUCACAAAAUUGGCAACAAAUUGAUUUUUGGAUUGGUAAACAAGUGUUACAACCACAAUUAUUAAGUGGUGAUAAUAAUAAUUAUGCAAUUAAAACAACAUGUUUAAGCAUAUUUUUUGUUUAUAGUAUAAAAAAUGAAGCCGACACUUUUACAUUACCUGAAUGUAUGAAAGAUCAAGUCGGUAUAUUCAAAAAUUCAAAACUAACGACAUUAACUUUCAGCAAAGAAUUAAAACAGCUUAAUAGUAUGCAUCAAAUGCGACAGAUUAUAAUUUGGACGAAUUAAUGUAGAAUAAAAUGAAUUAUAUACAUCACAAUAAACAAUAACUCAAAAA